CUGCGCAGUUUCAGCAGGCUUGUUGGCACUUGUUUCACUAGACAAUCUCUCAUUUUCCAGUGUUCGUUUGUACUGCAAAGACGCUUCCAACAGUUCCUUACUCUUUGUAAGGAUUAUAGAAAACUGUUUGCAGUUGUUCAGAAAGCAGAAAACACAUUCUUUUACGUUGUCCUUGCCGCAUCUGUGGGAGCUCUAGGACUGCUUGGCUAUGUCCUCUUCGAACAGUUCUUCUCCUAUGAAAGCCCACAGAAAGUGUUUUCUACUGCCCUGUCUAUGAUACGUGCCGAUGAAAGAUGCCAAGAACUUUUCGGCUCUUCAAUAGCCGGAUACGGAGAAGAGUCAGCGCGAGGGCGUCGCAGGUUCCUAGCUCACCAAAAAUAUGAAAAGGACGGUCGGCAACGAAUCCGCGUGGUGUUCCACUUGAAAGGGUCAAAAGCCAGAGGAAUUGCGCAAGCAGAGAUGGAAAAGGAAGACUCUUGGCAAUGGCGUUUCCUUUUAGUCCAGACUCAAAGUCCAUCAUCUGAAACCCACGUUUUAAUAGAUAACAGGGAGCCUGCAUAA